UUAAAGCCUUAUAUAUACCAUGGUGCAAAAUGAAAGCGAGAUAUGCUUAGCGCAUCCAUUAUCUGUCAAAUAUGUUAAUGUGAAAUGGCGAAGAAGAGGAUUCAAAUACAGUUUGGCGUCAAUAAUUGUGAAUUUGAUCUUUCACAUCUGUCUUAUGGUAUACACAAUACUAGCUCUUGGAAAAGUAGACACCAGCAAACGUAUUAGUGGCCAUUAUCACCACGGUGUUGCAUCAACUUCUUCUGGCAUGAUGUUGAUAAGAGCAAUAUUACUAAUCAUAACAUUUGCAACUGUGAUAAAAAAUCUCUUUCAGGUGAGAGUGCAAGGCCUCCGUUAUUUCAAAAUGCCACGUCACUACCUUGAAAUUAUGUUGCACGUCACUGUUGUCAUGUUUCUUUUGCCUGUAACUGAAGAAUUAUCACUAGUGCAAAUUGGUAGUGGAUCGUUCGCUGUCUUAUUUUCAUGGUUUACACUCAUUCAGUUUCUCAAAGUUUUACCAGUGAUGGGAAUAUAUAUCAUAGUCGUCCAAAAGAUUUUCUGGACUCUUAUGAAGGUGUGUGCAAACAAAAUAGAUUAAUUUAAAAAGGCCAGUGCUGCAGGGUACGUUAGAGGUGGAACGACAGUGACACACCAAUGUAGUAAGAUGGUGUGUCAUCUCAGUUUUUCAAUGGCUCUUGGUUAAGUCAAAAACGUCUUUAAUUUUUCCUCACGCGUGAUUCAAAUACCAACUUAACUAGUCCAUAUAUAUAAUUGUGAAAUGAAUAUUGUGAAAUCGAAAUGAGCAUGUGAAGAUGUUACUCUGAGUCACCAACCGGGUAAGCUGAAAAAUCAGCUCAUGACCACAGACCACGGUAAUCAACUAUUUUUUCAGCUUACCUGGUUGGUGACUCAGAGUAGCAUCUUCAUAACGUUAUUUCAUAUACACCUGCAUGAGUCUUAUUCACUAUGAGUUUAUAUUAUAAUCAUAAAAAUAUGAUACGUUGUUUCCUAUAGCCAUAGGAG